GUAAUUCCAAUGCUGUCACUAUUCCCCCCGAUAUUAUAUUGUGGUAUCCAACAACCGCUUGGCGCGUGCGCACUCACGUGACACAACCAUCUGGCUUAACCAUGCACUCGUGAGCAGAGUAUGUUAACAUAGUCCUCUCUACGCAUACUAGCGCAAAAAUGAUUAUAAUCGAAAUGCGUGAGAUGCUUGAAUGCGGCCGCUGCCACCAAGUUCACAUAUUUAGAUAUUAAUACAACCUCUCUCUGGCGUUCUGCGAGAGAUUCGGAAAAUUCUGUCAAAAUUUUUCACACCCAUACACACCCAUGCGGGGGACAUCAAAGUUUUCCGUGUGAAACCGAUACGCGACUGUAUCUUCCUCGUUCUUUCGGGUCAUUUUUUCGGCUUUUGUUUUGGUUUGUUCCGGUUAGAACCCACCUGUAGUAGCCCCCAGCGAUGGACAUCUCAAGUGACGUUUGGAAUCAGGUCGCCCUCGAGGCAUCCCAACUGUAUUUCACCGAGGACGGCAAGAGCCCCUUCGCCAACACGUCCAUCGAGAAACUGCCAGACAAAGUAAUUCAGCACAUAUUCUCGUACCUGACCCACCUGGAGAUAUGUCGCAUGGCAAUGAUUUGCCGUCGCUGGCGUACGAUCGCCUACGACACCAAGCUCUGGAAGAACGUUUCGCUUCGGCCGGAAGUCUCUGGGCUGCACGUUGGCUCCCUUGAAUCCCUGCUGCAGAUGGUUUCGGUUCGCUUCGGUGCAUCGCUGCGCUACAUUGAACUCCCAAUCGAACUGAUUACCCACACCGUGCUGCACGAGCUGUCCAACAAGUGCCCCAAUUUGACCCAUAUGUUGCUGGACUUUUCGACAGCUAUGCAGCUGCACGAUUUUAGUGAAAUGCAGGCUUUCCCCGCGAAACUUCGCUACAUGUGCAUCUGUUUGUCGGAGGUCAUCUUCAUGGAGGGUUUCAUGCGUAAGAUCUACAACUUCAUCAACGGUUUGGAAGUGUUGCAUCUGAUCGGUACCUACGAGAAGUGUGAGGAGGAAGAGGAGGAAAUCUACGAAGUUAUCAAUGUACACAAACUAAAAUCAGCCACGCCUAACCUGCGUGUCAUCAACCUGUACGGCAUAAACUUCAUCGACGAUUCUCACAUCGAUGCCUUCAGCUCCAACUGCAUCCAGCUCGAAUGUCUCGCUGUCAACUAUUGCAGCAAAGUAACCGGUUCCACUCUGAAACCACUGUUGGCUCGCUCCAAACAGCUCAAGUGCCUGCUUAUGAAUGGUACGGACCUCAAGUCCGAGUACGUUAUGCAAGCCGAGUGGGACAAAUGUUCGGUUCAGGAGCUGGAUAUAUCUGGAACCGAUUUGACCACAGAAUGUCUGAUCGAUUUACUGACAAGAGCCCCAACUCUACGCUUUUUAAGCGCCGGUCAAAUCAACGGAUUCAACGAUUCCGUCCUGAAGGCGUGGGCCGAGAGCGGCAACGCGAAAACUCUUAUCGCGCUGGAUAUUGAUUCCACCGAUAACAUAUCGGAUGAGGCGCUGGGACGUUUCAUCACCCGCUAUGGUGGCCAACUGCAGGCUUGCGUUCUCUCCGGCAUGACCCACAUAACCGAUGCGUUGUGGAUGACCAUUCUGCCGAUCCUGGCCAAUGUAAAGAUCGUGGUGAUGGGUACCACCGAGCGGUUGAGUGGUAACAUCCACGUGGAUCAACUGAUGGACACAAUCGGGUCAUCCUGUCCGAAGCUGGAACGGCUGGAGCUCCGCUGGGAUCCGGAGAAUCUCCGCUUCUCCGACAAGAGCCAGAAGGCGAUCGAUAUGCUGCGUGUUAAAUGUCCGAAACUGCGCAGUCUGGUGUUGAGCGACGGCCGCUACUACGAAACCGUUAAGGCCAAUUUCGAGCGAGCGGAUCGCACAACGGUAGUUCGAACCCUGACCAGUUGCCGCGUGUCGGCGUACCACGUGCUCAGCAACUAUAACGAUUUGAUCUUCAACUGAACGGUUCCGGCAAACGUUGCAUUGUUACAUCUUGAUAUUAUACUUGGUUUGUUUUUCAAUUUGUAUGGAGUCUAAAUAGUGUUAAACAAGUUGGAACAUUUUAGUUUUACAUAAUCAUAUAAAUCCAUAAAAGUAACUGCAAUUUGAAGUGCGACACACAAAAUUAUGUAAAAAUUUGAGCGUUUUGAAUAAAAGACGGAUUGUUUCUUAAA